AUGACGCUGUCAUAGCUUAAAAUAUGAUUUAAACGAAUAAACACCUAAAAUUAAAAAUGUAGUUGACUAAAAAAAGCUUAUCAGCGCAAAAUAGGAAAAACAAAAGCAUGAACUGUUAAAAUGGAGUUUGGUAUGACCCAAGAGGAAAGUUACACCGAUCGCAGGAAACUGUUCAAGAACAUAUGGGAUACGGCUAUGACAUUAGAAGACAAAGAUGCCAACGAGGUCGUUAGCAAGCCUAAAGUUAUCAAAACAUUGCGUCUUGAUGAGGUAGAUCGCUGUCUCGUGGGCAAGAAAAAAAAACAACGUCUUAAAAAUCUACGUGCUGUGUGCAAUAAAUUACUGGACUUUUGCGAUCGGCAAGAUGCUGAUGAUUUAUUUUAUGAACAGAUGGUUGCGGAAGGCAAGAAAGAUCCUUCACAGCAGCCUGACCCUAACACCGUCGUGAAAAAACCGAAAGCCAAGCCAAAAAGAAAGGUUAUAAAAGCAAAAAGUGUUUUUUAUCGGGUAACCCAUCCGCCAGCGCCUAAAGCAACUACUUCAGAGCGCCAAGAUUUCAGUGGAAACAAAAAUAUUUUAUCAUACAAUAAUUUUGAGAACAACGAUGUACAGCGCUGUAAAGAUAUACGGGGGAAUAAGCAGGGGACAUUUCCUACCUACAUAUUGCCAGGUGAAGCAAGAUACAAGUACGUUACAAUAAACAGACCGAUUCCUAAACCUAAACCAUCAAAGAAAUUACUACCAAUGCAUACAAUAAAUAUAAGGUGAAAAAAUAUUGAGUUUUAUUUUAAGAUUAUCAUAAUGUCGUGUUUUUAACUUAAGCAAAGAUGAUGAUAUUUCUGUUGACAUUACUUGUUUUUGUUGUUAUAUGUAUCACAAAAUAUAGCUACGUCUAUGUAUAACAAGUUGUAUGCAGAUCCAAACACUGCUGUCUAUUAAAUAAUAUUGUUUUUGGAAAAUAAUCUUUUAUACAUAAUUUAAUAUACGUAGGGUGAGUCCAUAGCAUAAGUUUUAUACAUUUUAACUUAAAAUCUAUGAUUGUCGCCAAAACAAACAAACAUUGCACAUGAGCGUGAUGGCGUGCUACUACAAUGUACGUGACGAAUAAUAAUGAAUAGUUAUCAUUAUUGAUGGUACAUCUUGGUGGAUACCGCUCCAUACGAAAAUUUUAAGAAGUUUACCAGAAAAGCUAUGUAUUAUUAGAUGCAGAAUAUACAGCUAUUCUAAAGAGAGAAAAGAUAAGAUUUUCUGGUUAAUGUAAUGUCACUUAUAUUGUUUUAACAGCAAGAAGGACUUGGGAAAGUAAAAUAAUGUAUGUUGUACAAUAAUGCAAUAAUUAUUGAAAAUUGUUGUUUCUCUCUGCAAAUCCUUAUUUUGCUAGUCUUGCUAAUGAAAAAAGAUAAAGCAAAAGCGCGGCAAAUUAAAAAAAAUAAAUAGUAUGGU